AUGCCCUUUAUCGCUCAGAAACACCGAUUUUUCCUUGGUCCUUUCCCCGUCUUUUCCAACAGUAUGGAACCGCUAAUGCGACUGUUCGGUUGCUGCCAACACCCCUGGGGCGCUACGCGUCUCUACAACGACACCUCCAUGGUGGACGAGGACGAUGCGGCACUGUUGGGACGCAACGUCCGCACCUCCACGGCCAUUCCCGGUGCCAGAGCCUACGCGCCAGGCAAGUCGACUGUCCACCUGGAUCUCUCCUCUGCCGGCCAGUAUGUGGUUGUCCUGAAGAACAACACUCGCAUUUGCGGAACGGGCGGGGCCAGAGCCAACACCCCUAUCCUCCAGGACAAGGCCUACUUCGAGGUCAAAGUUCAGACAGCGGGCUCCUGGGCUGUUGGCCUCUGUCUCAGUAGGGUGGGUUUUACCCCCUGUGCUUGACCUCUCAAAAUAAAGGGGGGGGGGGCGCAGCUGUGUCUGGCUGUUUAGGACUGGUGUUCGAGUGAGACUCCCGCAGGGGGCUGCGCUGUAGAGGCGCUGGGCCAAAACGGAGGUCAAAUGGGAACAGGGCAAAUUUGUUAAUCGGACUGCGCAGUCUGCGCGAGCCCGUAACUACUGCCGUACGCGGGAGGGGUGUGGCGGCACGCUUAGACAUAUGCCUUCACGCCGUGUCAGUCACCGCGUCCAAUCCCCGCAACAGGCUUGGACAGUCGACUGGUGCAUGGGAGAGUCCAUCGGGACGGCACAUCCGCGCAUUCUUCACUGCAGUAGCUCUGACCCGCCACGAGUCGUGGCGUGGAAGGCUGCUGCCAACUAAUGGGAUCACUUGGUCCUUCUCAGGACUGAAAGUCAGACUCAACGACUCCUCCAUGAUGUGGUCCUUAUGGGAACCUCACAGACAUGAGAUCAGAGCCUCUCCUGCAGCAGUCUAGUACGUGCGGGUCGUGCGUGGCACGCGUAGACGGUAUGUUUGGCUACGUCAGCCACUGCUCCCCCCAGCCUCCUCCUCCGAUCUCCCUGUCAUUGGAAAAAGGUGGGUAAUGUAAGAAAAGAGUGUGGUUGAUGCUGUGCCAGUCCGUCCCACAACAAGCUGGUUCACACACACAGAUCGCUUGUGCUGAAUCCACUUCAUGGGACACAUUGUGGCCGGUCGGACUGUCUCACUUCUCAGUCCGUAGUUCCAAUGCCCUUUGUUUAUCACCCUACGCCUUUGUUUUCGGCCAUCGGGCAACUGAAGCGACCUCGUGGACUUCUUGCCCGACUGAUACAUCACCUACAGUGCCUGACCGAUCUAAUGAAAUGUUGACCAAAAUUCUGAGGCGCGUUUUCCAUUAGGAAGGAUUACUUAGGUGGAGUUGUAAUAUUAAUUAGCAUACAGCAUAAUCCUGUAGUAUUUCGUACCCGUCAGGAUGUCGGCUUUUGAAUGCACUUCUUGUCGACCCCCUGCAGAAACCAUACUCGGUAAAAAAUGACUACUUAUUUAGCAUGCAUUUUUCACAUUGAUUUUUAAUGGCCCCAUAAAUUCAAAUAUAUUUUUCAGACAACAUGCACAAAUAUGGUUUCUUUUAUUCUUUUGGUCAAAAAUCAUAUUACCUUCACAUGUUGUACUCGGGGAAAUGGUAUAUUUAGGUUUUGAAAAAGUUUCUCGCUCCCUGAAUUAGCGUUUAGCGAUUUCAGUCUGCAAAAUGUAUACUUUCCGCGUAGGGAAAGUCACAUAUGCUUUGAAGAAGAGACCAUAUAGAGUUCAUGAAUUUUUUUCAAUGGAUACGGAGUAUGUUUUGCAUUUCAUGAGGCGCACUGGUAAACGGACACGUGCGAUGAUGUGUUUAUGGACACCGCACGGUCUUAAAAAUCUCCUAACUAGAAACUUUUCCAAAACCGGAAUAUACACUUUUUCGGCUCUAAAAUGUGAACACAGUGUAAUUUCCUACCAAACAAGUACAAGAAGGCAUAUUGUCGUGCAUGGUUUCUGUAAAAUAUAUUUUAAUUUAUAAGACCGUCGAAAAUCAAUGUGAAAAAUGCAUGCUACUUAAGUAGUCAUUUUUUUACUGAGUGUGGUUUCUGCAGGAGAUUACAAAUAAGUCCAUUCAAAAGCAGGCAUUCUGGCAAGUCCGAAAUAUUGUAGGAAUGUUUCGUGGUAAUCAGCAUUACUACCCCACCUAAGUAAUUCUUCCUAAUCGAAAACGCGUUUCAGAAUUUCAGCCAACAUUCCAUGAGAUCAGUCGCGCACAGUAUCUUUUUGCUCUUUGGAAGUCGUUUUGUCCCGAAUGUUCUAAACUCUCUCACAAAAGGUGUGCGGUUCUAAAAUUAACUCUUCUUCCAAAGGACUAUUCUGUGCAGCAUUCAUGAUUUUGCAGCUCAACAAUAGAGGGAAUUUUACUGUCAUUUCUAUUGGCAUGCCGUUACGCUAGCAUGCCUCACGAAGGCCUCAAGGAUUGUAGGUUAGAUUGGAUUAUCUAAGUUGGGUUGUAAUAUUAACUAUCAUGCAGCAUAAUCCCGCGAUAUUCCAUCCGCAUGAAGAUACCGGCCUUUGAAUGCGCGUCUCCCCAGCGAAGUGAAAAAACCAAACUUGUUAGAAAAUAAUUGAUGGCAUAGUAUGCGUUUUUCCAAUGAUUUUGUAUGUUAUUACCGACAAAGACAAGGAAGACUGGAAUGGCCAUUUCUGGCUUAUUAGCCGUCGUCAGCCAGUCAUACCCAACCCCGAAGUGUGGAACACCCGAGGCCCGAACUCGCGACCUGUUAGUUAGAAGUCCACGCCUCUAACCACUGAGCCACGAGCCCGUUGCCCUGUCGGUUUUCGAUCGAAAAUGUACAGCGGUAGGGGGCGCUCACCGAUCGUUCAUACGGAACUUACUCGUUCCGUUGUGCCGUACGGGCUCUCUCUCGAGUCCAACCAGCAGCCGCACAGCGGCGCAUGAUAUAGGCAGAAUAACUGGAAUGGCAAUUUCUGGAUUAUUGGACGUCGUCAGCCAGUUAUGCCCAACCCCGAAGUGUGGAACACCCGAGAUUCGAAACGAUCGGUGAGCACCCCUCUACCAUCGUAUAUUCCCGAUCGAAAUCGACAGGGCAACGGGCUCGUGGCCUAGUGGUUAGAGGCGUGGACUUCUAACUAACAGGUCGCAAGUUCGAACCUCGGGUGUUCCACACUUCGGGGUUGAUAGGCAGAAUGGUAUUACCGACAAAGACAAGGGAGACUGUGCGCCGCUGUGCGGCUGCUGGUUGGGCUCGAGAGAGAGAGAGCCCGUAAGACACAACGGAACGAAUGAGUUCCGUAAGAACGAUCGGUGAGCGCCCCCUAUCAUCGAUUUUAGUUGUGCUUACAAAUCACAACCAGACGUAUAGAAAUCACGCACAGAAAUAUCCUUUUUUGCACUCAUUUUGUAGUGCAUAACGCCAUCUUUGCUUUUCUUUCACUCAGAGUUAGGGCAUUUUUACGUUUUAAUGUGUUUGUGAUUUUUGGCUGUGGAAUGUUUUUUGCGUGGUGCAUCGAUGCUACCUACAUUCCAUGCAGCGUUGUCCACAUCUACUGAACAUUUUUCUAAGCCAUGUAUGGCAACUUGAUAGGUCGGAGAAAAUUAUUGUUUUUCUCAACUAGACCAUUUACGGCCUGUAGCCUGGAAACCCCAAACACAAAUGAAGCGGCAGCUGGCUUUCGAAAUUAUUUAUAAAACUUCGUAAACUGGAAUAUACCAUUUGUGUGAGUAUAAAAUUAGAUCGAGACUUGAUCUGCUGCAAAAUCAGUGUUAGUGUAUGUACUUUUUAUGAAAUAUGUUUAGAUUUAUAAAAUCAUCGGAAAUCACUGGCGGAAAUCGUACUACCUAAACGGACUUCUUUAACGGCUGUGGUUUUUCAUAGGCGGUCGGACAGGUGUGCAUUCAAAAUACGGCACCCCGGCUGGACUGGAAUAUUUUUUUGUAUUAUGCUGCGCGAAAAUGGGUAUUUCAACCUCACUAAGUAAUCCCUCCCAUGUUAAUUUGUAGCUUAGCCAUCCUGCUAAUAAUCCCGUUAGUUGGUCACCUACCGUAUAGGUAGUACGGGACCCUUUAACUAAAACGCCGUGUGUGGAGUUAGGUACCCCGUGGACGGGCUGUUGGGCCCUGCCUCAUCUUUGGAAUUUUGCGCGUUUGAGGUAAAUGCAGCACAAACCUGCUUCAUUCCCAUGUCAUUAUUAUUCCCUCACCGAGACGGUCGUUCUUUUCAUUAGCGACAAUUAGUAUUGUUGCGUAUUAUUGCGUCCUAUACCUAGUCUUUUUUUGUACCAAAAUGUCGUUAAAAGACCGCCAAAUUUUCUGUCAACGCGAGUCAAUCUUGUUCGCGCCGAAUGACUAGUACAGAUCAGUGGAGGCGUCAGCGAAGCGACGAGUUCAAGCGAAAUGUAUAACAUUGUUGACGCGAAAACUCUUCAUACCCGUCGGCGAAGGAGGUUGUCCUCAUGUGAGACGAAUUAGUGAGUUAAAGGAAACAAAAAUAUUUGUAUGAUUAAGAGGAAACGGCUUUAGCAACCGCAUCCCAGAGAGUGCUUUCCAACACAGCGUCCUGUAAGUUGCAGCAGCACGUUUCUGCCGUACUGUAAGUCGCCCUUCAUGGUGAGAUGAUUUCAUCCUUCCAAAAAAGUCUACAACGUUAAAAAUCCACUCCUUGUCAUGCGUCUUCCAAACUUGAGCUACGAUUCCUGAGGCGUCAACUUUCCUCUCCGCAUUUAUCCGCUGCCAACGCCUUCUCGAGUAUUUGUCUGUGCGCGCCUUUACUUCGCGCGAACUCCGUCCGACGUAAACACCGUCGCACUCAUGACAUGAGCCAAAAAGCCCAGCCUGCGCUGUCUGGAAAUCUUUCAGUUUGCCUUUCCUGGCUGUUUUGUAGAAUCUGCCGCCAGUUGUUUGUUUUGGAAGAAUCGGUGAUAUCUGAUGGCACAUCAGACGCCUGAGGUGUGCAUUAUCAUGUCCUUUUUUCGUGACUUCACAUAGACUUAUUUUACACCAGCAGGAGGCUCGAGUUCUCGGCGUUUUUUUUUCUUAGCCGGGGUCAGGGCAGUUAUCCCGCGCGGUCACUGUGUGCUUGAGUCUAGCCACUUCCUUCGUAGGUCGCAGUUCCUUAUAAGCAAUGUCGUUAUUUUACAUUCUUCUCUUUAUCACUGUGACUUGGUGGAGGUGUUGACGACAAAACUUCAUGCCGCAACAUCGGACAGGCGGGGCAGCGAGGGACGGUGGGGACCUCAAAAAUGGCCGGCGACCGUCAGAGACCUGUUUGGGGGGGAUGAUUUCACAGGUAAACUACACUAAAUGAGGUCUCACUAAGAGUCGGGCCUCUGACUUUGUUUGUGGGAGGGUCCACUUGUCUCUACUGCCAUUCAAAUAAAACCCCUCUCAGAUGGCCACCUUACACUGAUAGUUCGGCCGUCCAGGUGAAGACGUCCACCGUGUUCCGAGUGGAUGCUGCGCCGUUGACCUGCACUGUGCCGAUCGCACUCGCCCUCCCGCACCCACUUUGCUCCGACGGCAAGGUAAUGUCAAAACGAUCAGAGAUGCGGCAGGGGGGAAGGCCGGAAUGUGCAUUCACAGUGUGGCCGGACGGCGAGCAGUUAGUCAGCAUUUGUGGGUGUUCUUCGGAAUUGCACCCGUGUUGUUCUUGUUGCCGAUGGCGCUGCGACUCAUGCGAUGGUGUUCCGCGGGGCUAGUCUGAGACCUGGAUAUACAAAGGGUAAUUUGGCGAGCUUACGUUUGCUUUCGAUAAAUUUACCGCCGGUCGACCCCAGCGUUUUUCGAUCCGGAAUCUGGUCGCUUAUAACGACCGUCGUGUAUCACCUGUUUAAUCUGUAAUUUCAACUUUCCUUCCGCUUUGUUCUACCCUCAAGACGCCUUGUUUUGGCGUUCACUCCUAUGACGAUCUCUUGAAUUUUCCUAAGACGUCCGCGAAGUUUCUGCUGCCGUUAGAGUGCUGCUGUUCUCGAUGUUGGGCAGAAAACCGCCGUCAUGAUGAGUUGCCCUUUAGACGGCAGUAAGUUAGCGGCCGGUCUCAUUAAAUGUUGACCGCUAUUCUGAAAUGUGUUUUCUAUUGGGAAGGAUUACCUGGGGAGUGGAGGUUGUGAUAUUGAUUAUCUUGCAACACAAUACUGUGAUAGUUCAAACUUAACAGGGUGCUGGCUGUUGAACGCAGUUCUUUUUGGUUGCCUACAAUAGCUGCACUCGAUGAAGCACUACUGAAGUAGAAAGAGGGAUAUGCUUUAUUUUGGAAGAAUCAUUCCAAAAUCUUCAGCAAAAAGGCCUCAAUUCACAGUGGAUAAAUAUGGGUACGCAAAACAGAUAACACCAGAAGAUCAAAAGCGAUCUCUGAUGGCUGAAAACUGUAACUGUCGACAUUAUGAAGGGUCCCCGGUGAAGGAGUUGCAAAAUUCCUGUCAGAUUUUUCUUCCUUCAAAAUGGUUCUAUCUUAGUGUGCUGAUGAUCUCAUUAUUGUAGUUCAGAUAAACAAAGAGGGGUGAAAAUCAGUACAUAAUGAGUAAAGCGGGCUAACGGUUGUACAUUUAGGAAAAUUCCCAUGUGAGUGGAGAGCCGAAAAAAGUGACAGCCUAAUUUCAAAAGUUUGCCAUGCCCUUAUAAAUUCAAAUACAUUUUGUAGAAAACAUGCACAGAAAUAUUCUUUCUUAUACUUAUUUAGUAACAAAUCACUUCCUCUUUGUAUUUUAUUCUUGACGACACGUCUUUCGGUUUUAAAAAAGGUUUUUCUUUUCCGGAAUAAUUUCGAGUUCAUUCUGCCGUUGCAUUUGCAUUUAGGGUUUCAGUCUACUAUUUGUACACCUUUUGUGCAGGAAUUAGCAUGCAUUCCUUUCUGCUAUUAAGGAGAAACCACAUAGGAGCCACAAAAUUUUGCAACGUAUAUGGGCUAUGUUGUAUACUACAUGAGAUGCAGACACGAUGCUGUUUGAGCAGACAUUGCCCGACCUCAAAAAAUUAGAAACUCUUUAAAAUCGAGAGAUAUUAUUUCUACGAAUACGAAAUUUGAGGACGACGUGGUUUAGUACUAAAUGAGUACAAGAAGGAGUAUUUUUAUGCAUGUUCCCUACAAAAUACAUUUUAAUUUGCCGAGGCAUCGAAAAUUAAUAGAGAAAAUGCCUGCUGCCUAAGUAGUCAUUCUUUACCGAUUUCAGUCACUGUAGGCGACCAAAAAGAACUGCAUUUACAGCCAGAGUCCUGCCGUUUCUGAAAUAUCUCAGCAUUAUUCUGCAAGAUAAUCAAUAUUACAAACCCACUUAAGUGAUCCCUCCUAAUUGAAAAUGCAUUUCGGUCAACAUUUCAUGAGAUCGGUUACUGACUGUAGGAGUGGAUUUGUGGCAAGCAGCGUAGCCGCGCGAUUGGUUUAUGAGAUCAGGACACACACACGCAGACUUGUGUGUGCAUGUUGAUAAGCCCUUUUUCGCUCCCACCCCCCCCCCCCCACCUGACGACCGGUGAGAAUGUCCUUUUAGAUUCCGGCGCACCAUACACCGCAGUUGUGCUUUCCGUCGGUUUAAUCUGUUCCGGUCACACUGCCAGCCUGCCGCCUAGUCUGACGCGCGAAAUGGUCUGGCCGACGUAUAUUUAAGGCUGAAUCAUCUAGUUUCAGCAGUUGCCUGUCCUUUUGCCGAUUCGAUUGACUUUCCGGUGCUAAAGGGGUGCCGCAGUAGUUAGAGGUUCAUACGCCUGCUUGCAACAGCCAAUUCGGCCAGAAACGACUAUUUUUGCGUUGGGGGACUGCAAUUUUGUGGGACAAAGACGCGGGAACCGGAAUGGGUGACCGUUUUGUCUAUUUUUUCUCAUUAUGACGUUAGACUUCUAACUAGCAGGUAUCGAGUUGGAGCCUCGGAGGUUGCACACCUCGGGGUUGGGUACGGCUGGCUGAUGACGCCUAACAUGUCAGAAGUGGCCGUUCCAGUCCCACUUGUCUUUGUCGGCACCAUCUCAUCUACCUAUACUAGUAGUCGUUGUGCGAGCGUUCUAGUUUGAGCCCCAAUGCACAGCGGAGCAAGCACUUCCGUAACCUGAUUGGUAAGCGCCCGCAUAUCUGAUCAUUACCGACAGGACAACGGCCUCGUGGCUCAAUGGUAAAGUGUCCAACUCCAUGACUAAAGAUUCCGGGUUCGAAUCUCAAGCAAUCCACACUUAGGGUUGGGCAUGACUUGCUGAUGGCAGCUAACAAGCCAGAAGUGACCAUUCCUGUCUCUCAUGCCUUUGUUAAUAUCACCUUCUUUACCUAUACUUCCAGUCGCUGUGCUACCGCAUGCGAGGGUUCUGGUUUGAGCCCCAAAGGCACAACGGAACGGUAAUGCUAUUCAGUCAGCCCGCAUUGUUGUAAUUUACGACCGGCCAUUAACUUUGUAGAAAAUUGGAAGGUUGUGGUUUAUCACAAAGGGACUUUAAUCACGCCAGUCUCACCUAGCCACUAAUUUUCAUGACCGAGAACCGCACAACCACUGUGUAGGAGUCAUCAGUUUACGUGACUCUCGUUUCUUCUCUGUCAUCAAGGGGCUUGUGGAUUACUUCAUUCCUAUAGACAGACACCCACAGCCAGGUGCUCCGGUCAACAAAAACGCACAGUUUAGUUGGGACAGUACUGAGAGGAUGUGCGCCUGUGCUGGAAAAGCAGUGACACGACAGCCACUUCUGUGGGGAAGAGACAGUGCGGUAGAUGCUGCGCAAGUCUGCUAUCACUACAAACUAAUUCACACACAAGUCACCGUGUCUGCUGCACCUUGCUGGGUGCACCACCGACCUCAAUUUAGGUUCCUUCGCUUAUCGUGCUACAAGGGCGGGACUGGCGAUGGACUUGUGUGCAGCGGGUGAACUUGCCUUAAUGUGGCUGCCCCCUCCUGCAUACCGGAUCUAGGUUUCGCCCCAAAAUUGUCUGACCUUGGAGGGACAUGUCGGCUACCCGUAUCUGUGUUGUUGCGAGAUGUAUUCCGAAAGUGUCCUUUCUUCGCGUCGACGGCACUUUCGCCAUCAUGAAGUCUUCUUCUCCUCCUCCCUUUCUCCUCAUACCGGAAGCAUUCACCAAAUUGGCAUGCUCGAUUAGAUUAUUUGACACAUUCAUCCAACCUAGUCGCCUCUGUUCGCGCGUUUAUUUGGUUUUCUUCUGUCGUUAUCAUUACCAACAGGCUGAUCUGAAUACCCUGAGGAGUCUGCGAGAGCAGAGCAGUGUUUGGGCGCUCUUCAGCGAUGGCAGCAUCUGGAAUAAUUCAGUUCAGCAGGCCCAUCUGGACACCCCGGUAGAGGAGGGUGAUGUGAUUGGCCUCUACUACGACCACGCGGAACUCACCUUUGCUGUCAACGGGAUUCCCGUAAAGCUGCGUCUACCGCCAGCCUCCACCGAUUCGGACCAUCAGGCGGUCGUCUUCCAGAAUGGCCUCAUCGGCAUCCGCGGCACUGUCUUUCCCGUAUUUGCCACCGACGAUGGAGCCAUCCUUGACACGCGUUUUACCAGUUUCCACUAUCCGCCUCCGCGCUCCUCGGGCUUCACCGAAAUCCGAUUAGAGCACGAUAUCAUUUGA